GUACCCUCCACGAGUGUGUGCUUGCUUUUGUGAUUGUCUCGCUGUGUACACUGACUGCGCUACUUGACAACGGUACAUUUGCACCCGGAACUGCAUGGUUCAGUGCGAACGUAUGUAUACGUGCGUAGCCUAUAUUUCUACGUUGACAACCAGGUUCGGUGAUGGAAGUAUUUUGGCUAUUUCUGGUAUAGCUGAUGUUGAAGUUACGAUGCCUGUGCUGUCACUGCUGUGAGUCAGUGUGGUGGGACGAAUUGAUUUAUUGUCGGUAUACACGGAAGAUAGCAAGCAACUGGUCCAUAGCAUCAAGCCUUCAAGCAGCGAUCCGUUGGUAGAAUGGAAGCGGCGGACCGGGCCGCAUCCCUGCUGGUGUUCCACAGGGAUCGUCUCAACAAGCUCCGGAACGGCAUCUCGCGCGUCCUGGAGGCCUUCGCCGAUGUGCUGGACGACAAAGGAGGAAUUUCCGGUAACGAGCAUGCCGAGGUUAAAAAGAAACUUCAAGAAAUUGAGGACACUUCUUGGAGCCGCAUCCGCGAGCAUUUCUUGGACAGCCACGAACCGUCUGACGAACCUCGGGAAGGGCGGAACAUUGCCAGAAUCCUCCUGGACUUUACGGACAAAUUGGAUGAUGUGAAGGAUGCGCUUGACGACAGACUACGGGAAUUAGCCCAGAAGAAGGAAUCGAAACUCCAGCUGGAUGUAAAAGAUUUACAGAAAAAGUUAGCGGAGGAGAAGACAAAGACUGCCGACCUGCGAUGGAAACACCAGGAGCUUGCCGAGUCGUCUAGCUCCGAGAAACACUUCAAAGGAGUGCUGCAACAGCAGCUGAAGGAAAAACAAGACAUCAUAGCUCAGUUACAAAGAAAUGGAACAGUCCAGCUCUGGGAGAAAGAGAAGGCUAAGCUGCUGGAGGGCAGCAGACAGCGAGAGGAGAACCUCACACGAGAAUUGACGCAGCUACGGGCGGCUCACGAGGAUAUGAAAGAUCGCCUCAAUCGACGAAUCAAAGACCUUGAGGAGAAAGUAAGAUUAGAACGAAUGAAGGACAUCGUCAGCAAACUUGCUUCCAAGGACGAGAUGGAAGCCGAUGUGGAAUCUCUGAAGCGACAGCUUUACACCAAGGAAGUCGACCUGGCUAGGUUGGACCAGGAACUGAUCAAUCAACAGAGGCUCAUUGUGGGGUGCAUCAAAGGAAUUCAGAGGGACUUUAGGGUGAUGGGAGAGAGGCAGGAAGGACGGAGACUGAGGAAGGAUGACAUGCAGAAGAUGAACUUGAUACUGGACGCCAUCUUGACAGGGGCUAAAGAGGCACGGUUAGACAUCACCAAAGCAGACCUGCCGCUUCAUUACAUUGCUCUCCCAGAGGAUAUCGUGGCACAUCCAGUCAAACGAAUGACAAGGCCGAGCAUACUUGCUCCUGUCGUCAAUCGCCAUCUUGAAACAAUAGGAGAUUCCCCCAGUACGUCACCAACCUCCAGUCCCCCGGAUAGCCCCUCCCAACCCCAACGUCGCGUCCCGUCCCUUGAGCUCCCCCACCCGAGCUCCAGCCCCGCCCUAUCAUCCCUGGGCCGGGCCUCGACGGUGCCGCUCAUCGAGACCCCGCCAGCCAACGGACAGUCAUCAGCAACGGGAGCAGCCAACAGGAGGGCGCCGUCCGGCAGGGCCAAGAUCUCUGUAGAUGAGGUCGGUCUCAUCACCAAGUCCCCGCGUGGUGGCUCCCAGAAAGCCCCGAACCCUAACACGAACACCUCCGCACGUAGCCCGAACGUCGCCCGAAAGCUCCGAACCACUUCGGUCUCGGAGUCCUCGCGGAGUCCGUCGUUACGACGGCGGGCAGUAUCAUCGCCCGUGCCACCAGACCUGGCCGCCCUUGUCAAACCUCCUGCUUCCCUGAGUCCCAGGGAAACGUCUGGGUCCACACUCGUCCCUCGUCAGCCGUCAAGGAGUCCGAGUCCCGGAGGACGGAACGGCAUGGCGUCUGCGAGGAAACCACGGGGGUCGGGUAAGCUUCAGGCCAGUAACGGGAACAAGGACAUCUCUAAGGAAAAUGACAACCCUGCCCAAGACAGCAAGCCCAAGCCGAAGAGUACCCUGACUGGGCAUGGGGAAUUAAAUCUCGAGAAAGGAAACCAGCGAGGGACCCCUUUCAGCUUGAAUGCCGCUCAUUUUUUCAGGAAAGACCAUCCAGCACUAAUCGACAAAGAGACGGGGAUGCUGGACGCCGCGACAGCACGCACCUGCUUCCCACACAUCUCGGAAGAGCAGAUACGGGAACACUACCAGCAGUUCAAGAAGUACGACACGAAUGGAGACUACAGUCUUGAUUUUAUGGAGAUGACACAGGCGAUCCAGUCUACGGUAGCCGAUUACUACAAGCCAAGACAAAUUAAGGAGGCAAUGGUGGAAGUCGACGUGGAUCAGUCUGGCUCCGUGGACUUCUACGAGUACCUAGGCGUCUCCACCAUGCUGAUGAUGAAGAUAGGCAAAUCGGAAAUCUUCCGCAGCAGCAUGGUCAAACACGCCGGGGGAUCCAUAUCAAAAGUCUGCUCAAUACAGUGAAGAUGAUGACUCUGCCAGAAUAGAACAGCAUUACAAUAAGCCUUUUCGGAGUUCCAACUGCGCAUUCAUAACCUGUGACAACGCGCAUUGUUUGUCUCAAAUGGCCUUUGACAUCAUCGCGCCACUGACUUUACAAAAAGGCUGUUUGUGCAUUGUGGGUACUGUCAAAGGGCAUUUGAGACAAAUAAUGUGCGUUGUCACAGGUUACGAAUGCGCGCAGUUGGAACUCCGAAAAGGCUUAUACCCCUUUAGACAAAUUCCCAAUAAGCAUUGGAACCGAGGCAACAGUGCUAUCUUGUGUUGAGAGGACUAAAAAAAGAAGAGGCCCUCAAUGCAUACAGUGACUUAGCACUGAGAGCCGCGGUUUCCAUGCUAAUUUGAAAUUCGUCUAUAGACCAUGUGCAACUUGAAUUGAGCUGCUCAGCACAGGAAUCUGCUAAUCACGGAAACAUGCUUAGAAAGGCAGGUUACCAACGAAACAAUCGUGUAAUUUGUAUUACAUGUACUGGUUCUCGGGUAUUUUCUGCUUAUUAACUCCAUCAAUUUAUUGGCCCAUAUAUAUUUCACAUUCAUGAAAAAUAGUGUUUAGCAAAUUUAUACAUAUACGCUGAGCAAAAAUCAGCUGAUAACCAAUUACCGUGCAACUAUUCCUAAGAUGGAACUUUUGCGUCGGGGUGAUGUAAAUCAAUGUUGGGUUUUGCCCUUCACCGACGUAUAAACACUGAUUACUCAGUGUGUUACCUCCCGAGAGAAAAUUGUGUAAGCUCGGUGGUCGAGUGGUAAGACGUCUGCACUAGAAAGCAGGAGGUCGUGGAUUCGAGUCCCACCCGAGUGGACAUCAAGCCGCGGGAUAAUCCGGUUAAAGGAAAUGGCAUAUCUGUUGUGGUGUUAUCAAGAUUAUACUGUAUUUUUAAAGGCGUGCCAAUGUUUAUUAAUGGUUGAACUGCAUUUCCGGUGUUGGUUAUUUUGUUUUGUCUUGAUCGAGUAUUGUUCUGUUUUCUACUAUGCUCACCAUACAAGAAAUGUUUUCAAUCAGCUUAUGGUAAAUUUUAUACACAGAUUGAAUAGUAUUAGUGUAAAUGAGUGGCUACGUAAAGAUUGUGUUAUUUUACACAAAGUGUUCCCCUCAUUUUGGCUGAGAAGUCUGUCAGAGCAUUUUUUACACACUCAGGCAGAAUGUUUUUGUGUGUGUCAUGAUCCAGAUGUAAUUGAACAAUCAAAUCUUAUGUUUGCGAUAACCCAAAUAUUUUUUUUUGUAAUGAAUUAGGUGAAGUGUGUCUCUUAGAGUGUCAUUUCUAAACCUGAAUUUCUCUUUGCGGAUGGAAAAAAAACUUUACUCUAUCAUGCACAUCUACCGAACGCAUUUGCUCCAUUUUCAUUAUUAAAAGAGCGUUCCCUUCGUAGUACUGAAACUAAA